GUUAUAAAUGUGAUCAGGUGGCUUUGUCAGAUGAGACCUGGACUCCUGGACAGAGGAGAGAACUGGACCAAAAUGGAGUCCACCCUCCUCAAAGGUGGAGGAGACACUGCAGGGGUCGAGCCUGCAGCGUUGCCCUCUGGCGGUUCGCAGCCCCCGGCUGAAGUAGAAGGGCCUGCGGAGCUGGCCAAGACGCAGGGAGACAAGACUCAGAUCGGGAAACCUGCAGGAACAGGAGAUGAGGAGAUGUAUUCACUUGACAGCUCUCCAGACAGCGAAGAUGAGGGUAUCGGCAAGAAAGAAAAGAAGAAAAAGAAGGUGAAAAAGAAGAAGAAGAAAAGCUCCAGCUCCUCCUCUUCUUCAUCUUCAUCUUCCUCCAGUAGCUCCUCAGACAGUGAUAGUGAGGAUGAAAAGAAAAAGAAGAAGAAGAAAAAGGAGAAGGAAAAGAAGAAGAAAAAAGACAAGGAGAAAGAGUAUAUCCACGACAGUGUCGUCAUAUCUCAGGCUGCAGGUUCCAAUGGCCAAAUAAAACAUGCAGACGAUCUUGGUCAGGAUUUUAGCUCAUCAGAUGACGAGGAUGACAAGAAGAAGGAAAAGAAGAAGAAGAAGGAAAAGAAGAAGAAAGAAUCUUCUUCCUCAUCAUCUGAUAGUUCAUCAUCUGACAGUGAGGACGAAAAGAAGAAGAAGAAGAAAAAGAAGAAGAAGCAAUCUAGCUCUUCUUCAUCUUCUGACAGUGAAGAUGACAAGAAGAAGAAGAAGAAAAAGAAGAAGAAGGACUCCAGCUCCUCUUCUUCUGAUAGCGAGGAUGACAAGAAGAAAAAGAAGAAGAAAAAAGACAAGAAGAAGAAGAAAAAGAAGAAGAAGAAGAAGGACAAGAAGAAGAAGAAGAAAAAGAAGGAUUCUUCUUCUUCAUCAAGCUCCUCAAGCGAUUCUUCUAGUGAUGAUGAUAAGAAGAAAAAGAAGAAGAAGAAGAAGGAUAAGAAGAAAAAGAAGAAGAAAGACAAGAAAAAGGAUUCCACUUCCUCUUCGGGUUCUUCUUCCAGCAGUGAUGAUGACAAGAAGAAGAAAAAGAAGAAAGACAAGAAGAAGAAAGACAAAAAGAAGGACUCAAGCUCCAGUUCAGGCUCCUCUGGUAGUGACAGUGACAAGGAAAAUAAAAAGGAGGAGAGUGAGAAAAGGGAGGAACAGGACCACCUUGAUGGUGAGCAAAGCAGCCACUCUAAAACCAGCAUUUCAGCCUCAGGUGGUGGUGGACCUUCUGCCAGCUCCAAGCCAAGUGAUACUCCCAAUGUGUCUCUUACAUCUCCUGCCUUGAAGCUGCAUCCUGUGAGUUCUUCAGCUGCCACCAAGCCAUCCCUUGUAAUUAAACGUCCCAGCUACAUGGAGAGCCUGAUGGGCACCCCGAAGAAGACUGGAGACAGCACGACACACUCCACUAGUCACUUCACCUCAAAGGAUCUGCUGUCAGGGCCCAGACCUUACCAAUAUUAAGAUGUCAUAGAUCUUAGUUAUCAGCCAAAAUCUGGCCUGCAUCACAAUGGAAGCACUUAAAUGUAAUCAUGAAUGCUUUAAUGAUGUUACCUUGGGUCAUGAUUUCAUUGGAGUAAAUUUUACAAAAUAAAUACACCGCUUGAUUGGAGAGAAAAGAUUUGUGUUUUUAAAAUUGACAAGUUUACAAUUGACAGUUGUAAACUUGUCAAUUGGUGGAGGAAAUGUCAAUUUAUGAUCACAACGUUAACAAGGUUAAAGGUUUGAGAAAUAAAAGAGCAUGAAUUCA